AUGGAGACAUUUCUCCAGCCACGAUCCGAGGUCGAGAACCGUGGGCCUGUAUUGCUGAUCGUCAAUGGAACGGUGACAGGCAUCGCGGCGAUCAUUGUGGGUCUUCGCGCGAUUUCGAGGAUCUUCAUUGUGAAAAAAUUUGGUCUGGACGACUGGACAAUGGUGGCUGCGAUGAUUUUUGCAAUUGGGAACGUGGUGGUUGCGGGAUUUGGAGUCAAGUACGGAACAGGAAAGCACAAAUGGGACCUCGACGAAGCAGACGUAUUGCCCACAGCGAAGCUUCGAUAUGUGACUCACAUCAUUUAUACCGUGAUCACCGGUCUAACCAAGGUAUCAAUCUGCCUGCUAUACCUACGCCUAUUCCCUAACAUCCGAAUAAUUUCACUUGGAACGAUCGCAUUUGUCACGGCCAUGAGUAUCGCAUUUGUCUUCGCAACUAUCUUUCAGUGCUCCCCGGUCGAUGCUAUCUUCGACGAAAAAAAAUACAAACAUUAUAGUUGCUUUGACUCCAUUCCGUUUUGGUACGCGACCGCCGCGCUGUCUCUGGCGACGGAUAUUUGGAUUCUUCUCUUGCCACUGAAAACAGUUCUAGAGCUUCAUCUUAGAACUAGGAAAAGACUUAUUAUCGCCAGUUUGCUAUCAUUGGGCGCCUUCGCAUGUAUAGCCAGCAUCAUGCGGAUGGUCUACAUUGUGAAAUUAUAUAAAAGCCCAGACCCCUCCUGGGAUACCUUUGGGGUUUCUGUUUGCUCCGGAAUCGAAGUGGCUGUCGCCAUCACCGCUGCCAGCAUCCCGGCAAUCAAGCCGAUCGUGAACAGGCUAUUUCCAAGGCUGUUUCCCAGUAGCGCUGGCGUAUCACAAUCAGCCAGUCACCAAGUUUAUCCUUCAGGCAGUCGAAUUGAAAGUGCUCGACGCCGCUUCCAGCCGAGAGAUAUUAUUCCGCUCUCACUUUUCACGAUGAAAGAAGGAAGUGAUACGGGUGAUGAUGAGUCUACAAAAGCAAUAAGACAUGCGAACUGA